GAUUUGUUGUUGUUGUUGUUGUUGUUGUUGUUGUUGUUGUAGUAGUAGUUGUUGUUGUUGUAGUUAAAGUUGUGAUCGAGUAUAACAAAUUUCAUAUAACAGAUAAUGCAUGAGUGUCAAAAGAAUAGCAUUAGAGUAGAGGACAGAGAUGGACACACAUCGAUAGGCAGAAAGAGAGGCAGUGGGUACACAAAAAAACACAAAGAAAGAAAGAGAGAGAUAGAGAGAUGUACAAGUGUUCGAAGAGUUUUUCGAUGGGGUUAAAAAUUAAAUAAAAUUAAAAUAUCGCUGAGGUGCUCUCUUGAUAUUAGCUUUGUUACAGAACAAAGAACUCCAAAAAUAUUUAGAUAUAUUAUUCGAAUUAAAGCAGUCACACAUCAAAAUUAAAUGGAGCAAUGAUAAGGAUUAUAUGACAGCGAUUACGAUAGCUACUGCUCUAGGUAAUUCUCCCUUAGAGCAGGCACAUUUUAAAGUGGCAUCGGUUAAAUAGACAUGGAAAAGAGACUCUGGCCCUGAGUCAGUUUUUUUUUACAGGCGAAUUUAUAGCGUUUAUUGAAUCGGAACCGCUUAGCAGUGAUUAAACAUGAACACUGGUAAAGCAAUACACGUUUCUGAAAUUAUGGAAAUUCACUUAUCCCACAAACUUAUACUCCUUAAAACAGGAAAAGUUCAAUUGUAUAAAUUCCUAAUAAAAGUUUUACAAAUUGCAAUUUAUAUUUUUGUCCCUUUUAAUAUUUCUAGGAUAAAAUGGUAGGGUUUCCGUGAGUCCCUGCUCGGGCGCCACUAAAAUAAUUCGACAAAGAUAAAGUGGUAGUUUCAUUUUAUUCCUUCAAGUCUAUUUAAAGUUCUCUGAGUAUAGACCGCAAUAUGUUAAUUGGUGGUUAGCCAGUGUCUUUGUUCGGGCGCUACUUUAAAAACUCGACAAAAGUGGUUUGUUUUUUCUUUGAAACCCCAUUGAAAGAAAGCUUUGUGUGGCUAGUCAAAACACAAUAUAGUUUGUUUGUAAAGCAUAAUUCAGUAGCUGUCAUUAGUCUGAAGUCGUCGCAUACAUACAUAUAUUUAUAAGUAAAGCCAUGUACAGUCCCCACAUUGCCCUUCUAUCGGCCGUGCAGGCCAACGACUCCCGUCACCCGGCCAAGUUGCGUUUCCAGCGCCGCCCAUCGGAUACCACCCUUACGGAUCCGCGUGUGGAGCAGAUGAUCGUCUACCGGGCCGUGCUGGAGCACCUGCAGCAGCAGAAGGCCCACUUUGACCACGAACGGGAGCUGGAGCUGCAACGCCUGGAGCGCUUUCGCUGCGAGGGAGUUACCGAGCGGCGUCUGCAUGUGCAGGAGCAGGUGGUCAAGAAGGCCCAGGUCAUGGUGCCUGACAUCGUAUUCAAAAUGCGCAACGAAGUGGACAAGCUGAAUCGCUUCUUUGACGGCGACAAAGAGCAGGAGAUGCGCCAGCUGGACACUGCACUCUACGACCAUUGUCGCAAACUUCUCAAGAACUGUCAGCUCAUUCUGGACAAUAUACAUUAAGCCAUCAAGUCAAAUGUUGCCAUUCCCAUUAUCGUUUGGCAUGUGUCAAAUUAAAUUGUGCCAAAAAUCACAAUACGAAUGCAGCUUUAAUUGCCCUUAAAAACAGUCGAGGUAACACUUAAAAAUCCCAACAUUCUAAUGUUUGUGAAUUUCCAAAGUUCAGAAAAUUAGUUUUCGAAUGCAUCCAUAUAGUUUUAAGAUCAAGUUAUAUAC